AUACAUGUUCUUUUCUCAAGAAAAGAGAGCUUCUGUAAAGGAAGAAAAUCCUGAAGCUACUUUUGGACAAAUUGGUAAGAUCCUUGGUGAAAAAUGGAAGGCUAUGUCUGAUGAAGAAAAGAAGCCCUAUGUUCAAAAGGCUGAAGCUGAUAAGAAACGUUAUGAAAGUGAAAAGGCUGCUCAAGCAUAAAAUAGCUAUUUGUUACUAGCUUAUAUAUAUAAACAUUUACAUGUAAAUCAUUAAAUGACGUUUACCCUCUGGGAUAAUAUAUACACAAAUAUACUUUAAUUAAAUACUCAUA